UCUCCCCAACGGAAAUAGCGGGGGCAGUGCCAUGGAGAGAGAGUUCUCCGGGACUGCUGCAGCCCACAGUUUUCUGGUCUAAGGAGGAGCCCAGGUCAGCUAGAAGAUUCUGCUGCCGACGCCUGGGCUUGACUGACGGCAUCGUAUCCUGUUGGAGCUGGAAAGUCACCUGGGGAAACUGCAUCAGAGAAACUCCAGUGUCUACAAUCUCAGCAUCGUUUGUUCAGAUGGUUGAAGAACAGAGGACCUAUAGCAGCAUUGAAUGUGUUUCCGGCAACUACAAUGGCUUCUUUCCAAAGGAAAGGACUGCAAGCAAGGAUUCUUAGCACUGAAGAAGAGGAGAAACUGAAAAGAGACCAAGCUUUGGUGUCUGCUUUUAAACAGCAAAAACUGGAAAAAGAGGCUCAGAAGAACUGGGACCUUUUUUAUAAAAGAAACAGUACCAAUUUUUUCAAGGACAGACACUGGACCACCAGAGAGUUUGAGGAGUUGAGAUCAUGUAGGGAGUAUGAAGGUCAAAAAUUGACUUUGUUGGAGGCUGGCUGUGGGGUUGGGAACUGUUUAUUCCCACUUUUAGAAGAAGACUUGAAUCUCUUUGCCUAUGCCUGUGAUUUUUCUCCAAGGGCAGUUGACUACGUGAAGCAACAUCCUUUGUACAAUGCAGAGAGAUGCAAAGUGUUCCAGUGUGACCUCACUAGAGACGACCUGCUUGACCACGUCCCACCAGAGUCUGUGGAUGCCGUUACAUUGAUCUUUGUGCUCUCAGCUGUGCACCCUGAGAAGAUGCGCCUUGUCUUACUAAACGUGUACAAGGUAUUAAAACCAGGCAGAAGUGUCUUAUUCCGUGACUACGGGCUGAAUGAUCACGCCAUGCUUAGAUUUAAAGCUGGAAGCAAACUUGGAGAAAAUUUUUAUGUCAGGCAAGAUGGAACCAGAUCGUAUUUUUUUACUGAUGCUGAAGGUUAUCUGGGUUGCUUCCAGUUUCUGGCUAUUAUGAAUAAUAUUACGAAUAUUAUGAACAAGAACUUCUGGAAGAAUCACCAUCCCUGACCUCAAGAUGUACCACAGAAAAGUCGUGGUUAAAAACUACAUGGUAUUGGCACAGAGACAAACAGGCUAAUCAAUGGAAUGGAAUCAAAGACGCAAGAAAUAAACCCACACACCUAUAGACACUUUUUCUUUGACAAAGAAGCCAAAACCAUACAGUGGAAAAAAAGAAAGCAUCUUCAACAAAUGGUGCUGUUCCAACUACUGGUCUUCUGCAUGUAGAAUGCAAAUUGAUCCAUACGUCUCACCUUGCACAAAGCUCAAGUCCAAGUGGAUCAAGGACCUUAACAUAAAACCAAAUAUAAUGAAUCUAAUAGAAGAGAACGUGGGAAAUUGCCUUGAAUGCAUUGGCACAGGAAAAAUUUUCCUGAACAGAACUCCAAUGGCUCAGGCUGUAAGAUAACAAUUGAUAAAUGGGACCUCUUGAAACUGAAAAGCUUCUGUAAGGCAAAGGACACCGUCAAUAGGACAAAACAGCAGCCUACAGAUUAGAGAAAGAUCUUCUCUAACCCUAUAGAGAGCUAACUGAAGUGGAAACUUCUGGUUUCCUUAGAAAGUUAUGUCAAAUGAUGUUUCUCUAGAGCACAUAGGUGAAAGAAUAUUUUGCUAUAGCAAACACGUGAAAGGAUGCACGUUAUUCAGGAGGAAUGUAGAUAUCUCAAAGGCAGUAGGAGCUCAAGCAUUGGUUUGCUUUGCUCCACCUCGACAUUCUUCGAUGACUGCAUGCAUGUAUUGGUUCACCUUACACUAUGUUGUUGAAGUUCACUUGUGGGCACUUCAUAGAAAGAAACUCACCAAAGAACUCAUGAGGUUCCUGCAAUUUCUUGCUGCCUGUUGGCAAGCCUCAUGUUGUUUUCUUUUAGAUUGAACUGCCCUUGCUGAUUCGUGUGUGGUGCCUGCUGAGUGGACUGGUCUGCAGCUGCUGAUUCAUGUUUGGUGUUUGAUAGUGGACUGGACUGAGAACAAUGAAGGUUGAAAUUGCCCCAAAGAGCUAUUUCUAAAACCGGUCCACUCCCCCCAUAUCCUGAUAACCUUUCUUUUCCACUAUCACUUGGCAGGUGGUGGGCUAGAGGGGAGGUUGAACCCUUAUUAAAGUAGCUGUGAAAAAUAUAUGCCUACAGCUAAUAUCUACAAUAUAUAAAGAACUCAAGAAGUUAUACUCCAAAAAACCAAAUAUCCCAAUUUUAAAAAUGGGGUACAGGAGAUGGAGAGAUGGCUCAGCGGUUAAGAGCACUGACUCCUCUUCCAGAGGUCCUGAGUUCAAUUCCCAGCAACCACAUGGUAGCUCACAACUAUUUGUAAUGGAAUCUCAUACCCUCUUCUGGUGUGUCGAAGACAGCAAUACCGUACAAGUAAAUCUUUAAAAGAAAAGAGGGGGAGGGUGUUACAGAGCUAAACAGAAUUCUCAGCAGAGGAAUCUUGAAUGCCAAGAAGCACUUAAAGAAAUGUUCAACAUCCUUAGUCAUCAAGGAAAUGCAAAUCAAAACGACCCUGAGAUUCUACCUCACACCAAUCAAAAUGGCUAAGAUCAAAACCUCAGAUGACAGCAGAUGCUGGCAGGGUGGAGAAAGAGGAACACUCCUCCAUUGCUGGUGGGAUUGAAAACUGGUGCAACCAGUCUGGAAAUCAGUCUGGUGGUUCCUCAGAAAACUGGAAAUAGUUCUACCUGAAGACUCAGCUAUGCCACUCCUGGGCAUAUACCCAAAAGGUGUUCCACAAUAUUACAAGAUUCUUUAAUUUUUUAACG